CUCAACUCUUUGCGAUUGAGCGUUUGCGUCACCUACAGUAGGGUAUCGUUAAAUGUAUUGAAAUGGUAUGCGCCAUGGUUUCUCAUAAAUUCUAGAUAUUCUUUGUUUAUUUUUAUUUUGUAUCUCUGUCGCAAUACUUGAAGAGAUUAGCGUAGUUUAGUUGGCAUCGCAACAACUCAUAAUACAGUUUAAUGCUAUAGUUACAUUCACAAUCAUCAUGCAAUGACUUCGGCAGCAAGAGUAGGAAGUGACGCUUCGAAGGGCAGAAAAAAAGUUUUCUGUUUCUGAAGAGGGAGAAAAUGCAAACUACAAAUUGUGCCAGCGAUGCAUACUAGCCUACAAGGGUGUCUCCCAUAAAUGAAUGAGGCCAGUGGACAUCCAGACAUCUCUAUCAGCACCGGCAACCUCUCAAUUACACCAGGAAGAGGAGAUCAAGGGAAGAAGAUUGUUUUUUUUGUCUACGUUUAGUCCAACUCCCUGACAUGUGGUUUGAUGAUUUCCAUUCAAAUAUGCAACCCCCUCUCCUAGGGUGUGUUCUGUGAACAUUCUAUUCCUUUUGUCUUCAGAUUGGGCCAGUUAAAGGGGACAUAUUUGUUGGUGGUUUGUGUGGCUGGGGGACUGUUAUGCACCUAGUACCCCAUAUACCCCCCCCCCCCACUUCAACCUCACCCCGUUAUUCAUGCUAGCCAUGAGUUUGCCACCCCAGCAGAAACCCAACAGUAAGAGAACAGGCAAGCGCAUCUCAUUUUUCAACGACCAAGGAGUGGCGAUGAAGGAGACGUCCUCUCAGCAGCAUCCAGAAGGUUCUUACUACGCCCUUGGUGCCCCAGCCUCAGGGCCUGGUCCUGGGCAGAGUGAGGCUGCAGGCACCGUCACCUCUACAACCUCCAACCCAGAGGCCGCCCAUACUGGUAUGUACCUCAACUCAGUGAUAUUCAGCCCAGAGAAAGGAGACCAGAGUCGGGGACAUUACCAACAGACUGUACCCAUGAAGUGGGUUCACCAGGACCCAGCAACCAAACCGCAGCCUCCACAAAGAACUGGGACUGGGAACUGGACACAGGGUGUCACUAUGGCUAACUGGGGGCAGAACUUUGCGCCGUACCUAGGGGGUGUCGGUGACUCACGUUCCCAGGUCCAGAAUGCCUUUGUCAAGCAGCAGAUCCGUGAGGGGCCUUCACCCCUGCAACCACAGCAGCCCCAGCCCCCUAGUAGGGCUGCAGAGAAGCAGCCACCUCAGCAGCAGCAGGUGGUUAACCCUAACUCUCUCCCUGCUGGAGGAGAGGCCUACAGAGACAUUAGGGAUGUGGCCAAGGCUCACAGUCUAGAGUGGGAGCAGCAGCAUCAUACUUCCCAACAGCAGUCCCAGUCUCAGGCGUUCCCACAGACCCUUAAACCUGGUGCUCUAAACGCCCAGCAGCACAGCACAUCCAACCCUGGGGGCAGCUCCGUGCUUCAGCCCUUCCAGCUAGCCUUCGGCCAGCCCAAGCAGCACCUAACGGCUGGCUACUACCAGGUGUUUCAGGGGGGCAACAGGACUUUACCCAAUCUGAACUACACCCAACAACCCUCACAGCAUCCCCAACCCUCACAGCAUCCCCAACCCCCACAGCAUCCACAACCCCCACAGCAUCCACAACCCCCACAGCAUCCACAACCCCCACAGCAUCCACAACCCCAACAGCAUCCACAACUCCAGCUGCAACAGCAGGAGCAGCAGAAAAUACAGCAACGUCAACAGCAACAAAUAUUAGAGCAACAACAACAAAUGCAACAAAAACAAAUGCAACAAAAACACCAUCAGAUGAAGCAGCAAAUGGUUCAGCAGCAACAGCAGAAAAUACAACAGCAACAAAUACAACAGCAGCAAAUACAGCAACGAAUACAACAACGACGCCAAAUACAACAGCAAUUGCAGCCACAACCACAACAUGUACUAGAAUUUUACCCCAGCAACCAAAACCCACCUACCCACCCACAUCCUCUCUCCCAGCCGCCCGUGUUGGUGCACUCCCAGGAGACCAUUCCUCCACCAACCCCCCCAGACCUCAAGGAAACAUCCCCAGACUCUCCACACAUUCCCCCCCGCACAGACCCCCAGUUCCCCCACACAGAGACACAGCUCCAACCUCCCCAGCUUCAGCUGCAGCCUCGACGGUCCAGGAGACUCUCCAAGGAAGGUGGAUCACCACCAGUUGACAACCCUUUCGUAAUCCCAUCUGAUGGGUCCCAGAAUGGGGCCUCUGAAGGGCCAGGUGGAGCCCCCAAGGCGGAAGAGGUCCAUGCUGCCCAGUUGGCCCCUACAGGGGUCAUUCAGAGCACAUGCAGGAAACAAAGGAUUUCCCAGGAGGUUAACCUGGAGACACUGGCCCAGAAAGCCUCAGAGAUGGAGUCACUACCGCCACACAUCAUCAAGGAGGAGCCCCACAGACCCUGGAGCCCCCAAAGGCCAGCGCCACGGCGAGGGACCAUGGAAAGAGAUUCUGGAGGCCACAGCGCCAAGCGGCCUCGUGAUGAGAGCAUGAUGCCCCUGGUCAUCCCUGUGUCAGUCCCCGUACGGAGGCCAGACACCCUCUCGUCCUCAUCCUCCCUAGACAGGGAGCACUCUAUCCUGGGCACAAGCUGGCCACAGCGCCCCUCCACGCUCCAGGACAUGACCAGCAUGAACCGCAAACCCUCCGUCAUCGUCACCCGCCGACGAUCGCUCAGGAACUCUCUGACGGACAGCUCAGGACAGAACGGCGGCACCCAGGGAGGGAAGGACGACGACGACGACGACGGAAAAAAGUCCAAACGGCGUCCCCGGCCCGAACCUCUCUUCAUCCCGCCUCCCAAACCUGGCACCUUCAUCGCCCCGACUGUCUACUCCAGCAUCACUCCCUACCAGAGCCACCUCCGCUCCCCUGUCCGGCUGAUUGACAACCCCCUGACCAUGCCCCCCUACACCCCCCCGCCCAUCCUCAGCCCUGUGAGAGGGGGAUCAGGUCUCUACUUCUCUACCUUCCUCUCCUCUGCUGCAGCUGCUGUCUCCAGCCAGGGUCUGCCUCCACCCAUAACACCCAAAUCAGCCACACGCAGCCUGCUGAGAUCCAACAGCGUUGACAUCACCCCACCAGUCCUCCUUGCAAUCGGCGAGGCCACUCCAGUCAGUAUAGAACCGCGUAUAAACAUCGGCGUCCGGUACCAGGCAGAGGUUCCAGAACUGAGGCAGCGUUCAGCGGCCAAACACGACCAUCACAAAGCUUUGCUGGUCUGGGCUCCUCUCCACGACCUGGAGGCUAAACCUGGACACCACGAGAGAGUGGAUGACCUCAUGCACCUGUCAUGCUCCAGCGCUCUGCACGGAGGAGGGACCAAUCAGGAGCUGAUGCUGCACUGCCUGUAUGAGUGCAAGGGUGACAUCAUGGGAGCGUUGGCCUUCCUGCUGUUGAAAAACCCUGUCUUCCCUAAGGACCACCGACUAGGAGACUACCACUACUCAGGGUCAGACAGCUGGACCUCAGUAGAGAGACGUUACUUCAACAAAGGGAUCGCUGCCUAUAAGAAAGACUUCUUCAUGGUCCAGAAACUGGUGAGCACGAAGACAGUGGCUCAGUGCGUGGAGUUCUACUACACCUGUAAGAAACGGGUAAAGAUCGGUCGGAACGGCACUCUGAUCUACGGAGACACAGAGCCACCUGAGAGCAGGAACACUGACGAGGAGCUGGACUUCAAAUGCUCUCAGAGAUUAGAAUCUCGGAAGGAAGACGAAGAUAGCAGGAAGUGGGAGGUGUCAGCUGACAGGAAGCAGUGGGGCUCCAGUCCAAGCAGGAUAACACAGAAGGUACAAGCCACUGAGAACGCUGGAGCAGUCCUGGUGUUGAAGAGUCAGGAGGGCUUGAGGAGAGACCAGACGUCGUCCCGUGUCAGUCUCCCUCCUCAGCUCCCUUCCGGCGCCUCCUCGAAACCACGACCGGCCCCCAAGACCGGGACCAUAUCAGGGACCAAGGGCCCUGCCGGACCAGAGGGAGAGUUCCCCUGCAAGAAGUGUGACCGGAUCUUCUACAAGGUGAAGAGCCGCAGUGCCCACAUGAAGAGCCACGCGGAGCAGGAGAAGAAGGCCGCUGCGCUGAGGCAGAAGGAGGCGGAGGAGAGGGCAGAGGCCCAGGCGGCGGCGGAAGCUGCAGCGUUACUGGCCGCGCGGCAGAACGGGGCACGGGAGGGGAACGCAGCUGGAGGAGACGGCGCUAACGAUGACUCAUCUGACGAAGACGAUGAUGUCGAGGAAGAUGAGGACUGGCACUGAGACCAUGAAGAUAGAAAGGGAGCCCACAACAUAUUAUGCCGUUAUGGCAAGUGCACCCUCUAGUCAUCUCUAUGGCUAAGGCGGACGGCCAGACAAACAAGACAGACUGACUGCUCCUCUACUGGCAGGGUGAGGGGAACAUAACAGAAGUACGAGGCCUCGGCUGCUCCUCUUGUGACACCUGCUUUAGCAGCAUUUGUCUUGAAACAAACUUCUUUUUCAUUGUUUCAUGGAACAGGAUCGCCUAUCGUGACACUUUCAGGGACAGGUUUUCUCCCUCUUCCCUUUAACCUGCUUGUGAUGCUGAACGCAUCACAAGCAGGUUAAAGGGAAGGGUUACCGAUCUCUGACACGCCCCACGGCUAUACAGUAGGGUAUGAAAGCCAUACCAUCUCUCUCGAACGCCAUGACUUUUUUUCCCCCGUCCUGUCUGCCAUCCUCCCCUGGCUUCUUCCUGUUCCUGUCAGCACUUUCAGCCAGUCACAGCACACAGACACUCAUCAGGUGGGAACUCAUAGCCACGCCCUCAGCCGUGUAAGGCUUUAAAAAACGAGAACACUGUGUGAUGCUUGGCAACGCAAGACUACAUGAACCACAAUGCAACCCGGCUUGGCCACCGCCCUGCGCUCUCUCUGCAGUUUGAUAUGCUGUGAAUAGAAGGAGAUAAAAUGAGUGAUUGGGACAAUGCAAUAUUAAAGUGGGAAGGACUUCUAGAUCAGGAAAAGCUCAGAUCGACUGAUGUGGUGGUAACACUACCUGUGAAGGACCGAUCUGUUUAGAGAACACUGCAUUGAAUGUGUUUCAUAGUCUUUCAUGUUUGGGACCUUUCCCACUCAAGACUGCCAAAAGCUUGUACAGAUGCAUCGGUCCUCAGUUCACCAAACUGGUUUCUUUCUUAGUUUCAAGUGCUGUACUUUUGGGUUUUAGUUUUGUGAAUCCCUACCUUGUCACUUUUCUUUUGAAAUAGAUUUGGUAUUCCUCCUCACUGUCGAUGCCUUGGAUGUUUUAAACACGUUUUUAUCUUCGAAUGAAUGACCAUUCAUUUUACAAAGGUUAUUUUUUGAUAUUCAACAAAUUACUGUUGCUUUUUUUUGUUGUUUUUUUUUGCUUAUUAUAUCAAAUGGUCAUUGUUGUUAAUUUGAUCAUUGUUAUUAAUAAUGUCGCCAUUGUCUCGUUUAUUAUUAUUAUUAUUAUUAUAUUGUUUUUGCGGCAGGUUGCUUUGAAGCUCUCGUUCUCAUUUGACCACAGUAUAGGGUUAUUUAUGACAUUGCUUUUGUUGUCUGUUUUGAACUGUGAGGUUUGGGAAGGAGAUCUCCAGAAAAAGAAGUCGGAGAAGAGAAGAAAAGUACAUGUAAAUAGAAUGUGCAAUAGAACAACAACGUGAUCCCUGAUGCCCCCCUCCCCCCACCCUGUACCCAGAAUGCCCCUCUUUGUGCCCUCUCCAAAUUGGUCCUUAGUAGCUUUUAUAGGCAGUUAACCCUCUGUCAACCAUAUCAUUACACCAGGAGGAUAGAGAGGGGGAAACAUGAUGUUGAAUUGAAUGGGAAGGUCUGCUCUGGUCAUUCUAUUUCUAUGGAGACGACUCCUAUUGUCUGGCCUAUUAAAAUAAAAUAAAAAAAAAGGGCUUCCCAUAAGUCUGUCUCUAUCGAUCUAUCUCUUUCUGCCAAGCACUGUAUCUCACAUCUCUAUUCCCAGAGCUGGCUCGAUCUGUCGCCAUGGCAACAAAUGAGCAGGCAGAACAUUUUCUUGUUAAGUAGAGUGGGGAGCGGAGAGUAACUGCUCCAAUUACCUUGCUAGGUUAAACCUACCUGCGUACUAUGCACUGUGUGUCUGUCUGUUGGGAAUGUUCUCUGCGUUCUGGGGUGUUUGAGAGUGUGUGUGUGUGUGUGUGGGGAUGGCUUCUUGCAAAUGUGCUGCUUUUUGGUCAAAUAUCCUUCUGAAAUUCAGCCAUUUGUGGAAAACUAGGUUUAAUCCUGACUUUUCACUUUUGUCAUCUUAAUUUAUAUCUCCUUUACCUUUUUUCUUAUUAUUUUUACUUCCCCAGAGAUUGUCACGAGGCGUUGUUUGUUUUGAAAAAAAUGUUUUAAUACCGUUAAACAGAAUCAAGAAUGAAAUUGAGGGCCACAAAUGCUAAGAAGCUGUAAACCUUAUUCGCUUUCAUCGAAUUAGGGAAGGGAAUAGAAAACAUGUAAAGGUUUAUUUAGCUAAUAUAUAUAUAUCUAUAAAUUAAAUUCUAUGAAUGCAAACUUUCAAUGCUAUUUUCAUAUGGGGUUCAUUUCACACUAAUGAUGUCAAAUGAAAUGGAUUCUCAAGUGCUUUUUACUAUGUCAUUUAUUUGUUUCAAUUAGAUUUUUACCACCUGUGUUUAAAAAAAAUAUAUAAUAAAAUGGGAAAGCACUGUUUUAUUAAAAUUGUGCAAUACUGA